UUUGUGGGUGGGGUUGUGGCAGCAGAAAGCAUCCUAUUUCCCUUUUUUUCUUAUUUAUAAGCGAUGUUCCCCUCACGCCUCCAUAAUGUUCGAACCCACACAUUAUGAGAUUUCUCACUCUAGCAGGUUUGUUCCUGACCUUGUGCCACAUAGGUACUUCCUCUCAACUUGUGUGCUACUUCACCAACUGGUCCCAGUACAGACCUGGUACAGGAAAGUACACGCCUGAUAAUGUUGACCCACACCUGUGCACACACCUGAUUUAUGCUUUUUCUGUCAUCAACCCGGCUAACGAACUUGUCACUUACGAAUGGAACGAUGAAACUCUCUACAAGUCCUUCAAUGCACUCAAAGACAGAAAUGCUGGUCUCAAAACACUUCUGGCAGUUGGUGGAUGGAACUUCGGCACUCAACAGUUCAGUAUGAUGGUGUCGACCCCAGCCAACAGACAGAAGUUCAUCCAGUCCUCCAUCAGCUUCCUGAGGAAACAUGGUUUUGAUGGUUUGGAUCUGGACUGGGAGUACCCUGGAGCUCGAGGGAGCCCCCCAGGAGACAAGCAGAGAUUCACACUGCUGUGUCAGGAGCUCCUAAAGGCCUAUGAGGCAGAGGGCACCAUGACAGGACAGCCCAGACUGAUGGUCACCGCAGCGGUAGCUGCUGGAAAAGGAACCAUUGAUGCUGGUUAUGAAAUAGCAGAAAUUGCAAAGUAUUUAGACUUCAUUAGUGUGAUGACCUAUGAUUUUCACGGCAACUGGGAGAGUGUAACAGGACACAACAGCCCCCUAUACCAGGGUUCCCAUGACACAGGAGAUCUAAUCUUCUUUAACACAGAUUUUGCCAUGAAGUACUGGCGAGACCAAGGAGUCCCUGUGGAAAAGCUGAGAAUGGGCUUUGCUACCUACGGGCGGACAUUUAGCCUUGCGUCUGGGGCCAGUGGUGUUGGAGUCCCAACCAGCGGUCCUGCUGCAGCUGGAAUGUUCACCAGGGAGGCUGGCUUCUGGUCCUACUAUGAGAUCUGCACGUUCCUUCCGGGAAGCACUAUCCAGUGGAUUGAUAGCCAGAAGGUUCCCUAUGCUACUAAAAGAAAUGAGUGGGUGGGAUUUGACAACAAAGAGAGCUUUGAGACCAAGGUUCGUUACAUGAAAGACAACCAGUUUGGAGGAGCUUUUGUCUGGGCUCUGGACCUUGAUGACUUUACUGGACAGUUCUGUGGACAGGGGAACUAUCCCCUCAUCAGGCAUCUCAAGGGACUCCUUGAUACUGGAGUCCCUCCACUGCAAUCUACAACCACCCUAAAGCCAGGGGCACAGACUCCAGACAAGGCAACUGCUACCAGUAAGCCAGGGGCACAGACUCCAGACAAGGCAUUAAGCGGGGAAUUCUGUGUGGGCCGGCCUGGUGGGCUGUAUCCAAAGCCUGAUGCUCCAGGGUCUUUCUACCAAUGUGCCAACGACAUCACCUGGGUUCAAAACUGCCCGGCUGGCCUUGUCUUUGAUGACAGCUGUAAGUGUUGCAAUUGGCCUUAAACUUGAACACAAUUUAUUUUACAACAUGGAGCCUUAGCCGCAAUAGUCAGCAUUGUUAUACCUAUCUGUAUUUGUCCUAUGCUUUUUAAAAUUGUUACUUUUGCUAUUAUUGACAACAGCUUUAUUUUUACUUUUUAAGCUUCAUAUUACUCCUGAAUUACGUAUUUGUAUUUGAUUGGCAUGUGAAUACAAUAAAAACAUAGUUCUUUGCU